UUGUCUAUUUCUUUUUAUUUUUUAUUUUUUUUUUUUUCCUUUCGAUUUCCAAUGCGAACUGCAGCGCUGCUUUUUGCUGUUGCUGCGCUGUUCUGCGCCGUUGACGCUGCGUCGACUGGCAACAUGCGUCGCCUCUCCCACGACGUCCUGCACUUUGAACCCCUGUCACUCGGCAACGCCGUCAUGGCCAGCCACCACAGCCGCUCUCGCCGAUCUGCUGCGGACACGGCCGACGCUACCAUCCCGCUCGAAUUUGAAGCUUACGGACGCACCUUCCGUGUGACGCUGCGGCCCAACACUGACAUGGUCAAGCCUUCCGCUCGCGUCACCAUCUACUCGGAUGCCGGCACGCGUGUUGAACCCGUUGACGUGUCCGUUGCAUUCAAGGGCUCUAUUCAAGGCCACUCCAGCUCUGCCGUGUACGCCACGGUCGUCGAGUCUGGCGAUGUGGUUGCCACGAUGCGCGACGAGGACGGCGAAAUGUACUACAUUGAGCCCAGCCACCGCCACUUGCGCGAGGCGCACGAGUUUGACCACGUCAUUUACCGCUUGUCGGACGUCGACCUGUCCGCGGUUGAUUCGGAUGCCGAGUCCAAGGCCAUGAGCGACCUCGAGGACAUUAUGAUUCGCCAAGGCCAGACCACGCGAGCCCAGCUCGACCAGGCCAAGACCUCCAGGCUGCGCACCUUCCACGAGGCGGCGGGCAUUCGUCGCUCAAACAUGCGCCGCUCUAUUGGUCCCGCAAAGUACUGCAACUUGCACAUGGUUGCCGAUUUCAAGUUUUACGAGCAGUACAUGGGCUCCCCUGCUUCCCAGGCGCCCAUUAUGACCAAGAUGAUGGACUUGUUCAACUCGGAGCAGGCCAUCUACACCGACCCGGAUAACGUUCUGAUUGAUCCCGAGGUCGUCAACUUUUACGGUUUCCAGAUUGAGCACUUUUCCGUGUUUGAGACCGCCACCGGUGUGUUUGCUGGCGCGCCUUCCAACGAGGCCGUCGCCGACUAUCUCAACCGCUUUGCUGGCAUGGACUUUUCCGACGUGUGUCUCGGCACCCUGUUCACGCACCGCGACUGGUCUGGCACGCUUGGUCUUGCCUACGUGGCCUAUCCGACGCUCACUGGCACGCCUGGUGGCAUUUGCCAGGCGCGCUCGGGCGGCAAGAGCACCAACGCCGGCUUGGUGACCACCCUCAACUUUGGCAGCGUUGUGAGCGCGGCAGUGUCCCAAGUCACGCUGGCGCACGAGCACGGGCACAACCUGGGCUCGCCCCACGACACGUCUGCGGCUUGCACACCUGGCGGCUCAAACGGCAACUACAUUAUGUACUAUGCCGCCUCUGACGGCUCCAAGGUCAACAACCGCAAGUUCUCGUCUUGCACCAAGGCUUCCGUUGGCGCUGUGCUGAACGACAAGGGCGCGACGUGCUUUGAGGUUGCGAGCUCGGGUUGCGGAAACCGCAUUGUCGAUCCGAACGAAGAAUGCGACUGCGGUUCGACGGAUGUGACCUCUUGCCACGAUUACGAUCCUUGCUGCAACACUGACUGCACCCUCCGGACCUCCGCUGGUGCCACAUGCUCCCCGUUCAAGACGCCAUGCUGCGACGCGAAUACUUGCUCCAACCCCGGCAACACUGCUGUCGUCUGCAAUGCCACCACUGACGGAUGUCAGACGCCCGGCCAUUGCGAUAGUGCGUACCCCAACAGCUGUCACCCCCGUGAAGAUGAAGAUGAUGACGUGCUGUGUCUCUGCGACGGUAAUGGCGCCAAUUGCAACGGCAUGUGCCAAUCAGGUGCUUGCACAAAAUCGCGUUGCGAAGAAUUUCCCGCGGGUUACAAUGGCACCGAAUGCACGAGCGCCACCGAGCAGUGCAAAAUUUUCUGCUGGAACCUUUCUGGAACCGCUUGCAUCGAGUUUGAGAUUGAAGUCUUCCGCGACACGAGCUACACUUGUGUUUUCACGGACGACGGCGAGAGCAGCGCUGGCUAUUGUGACGGCGCAGGUGCUUGCAAGGAGUCGAAUCACGAUGCUUCGCUGAAGAACGCCCUCAGCAAGGCAUUGAACAACAUCAAGGACUGGAUUGUCAACAACUGGUAUGUGGUGAUGGCCAUUGUCAUUGCCAUUGUCUUCCUGGUGGUUAUGGCGCGCUGGUACUUCUCUCGCAAGGACCGGGCCUCCGCCAACAACGACAUGCCGAUGAAGGAGCGCAGCGGAUCGGACGCCCAAGCCAGCCGCAAGCGCGAGGCGCGUCAAAAUAUCAAGCGAAUGUUCCCUGCCGUCGAGAACGAGGUUCUUGAGAGUGCUCUUCGCAAUGUCGGCUACGAUGUCCAGGCUGCAGCAGCUCAACUCCGCCAGAUGGGUUACCAGUAGAAACAGCAAACAGAAAAAAAAACCGCGCCAGCCUGUCUUCCAGUUUUCAGAGUUCUCUUGGGCUUCGAGCCCCUUUCCCCCCGCCCUUCUACCCUGCUUUUGGCGGUAGCACUGUGUUUCUUUGUUUGCAUCGCUCAGAGGAUCGGGGUUUUUGUGUGUGCGUUCUUGCUUUACGUGUUUUGCAAUUCGAUUUCCAUGUUGUGUAUUCGCUUUGAUUUGUCCUCAAAAUGUCAUUAUUUGACCACGAGUA